AUGACGCCAGAUGCCAGCCGAAAUGAUAUGAAAGACACCUUCGACAAAGCCGUCGACGCGCAACAGAGGAUGAUCGGCAUUGGUGUGGGUGUCGGAGUAGGACUAUUUCUUCUCUUCGCCGGCCUGGGUUUUUGGGCUUUCCGACGACAUAGCAAGAAACGCUCGCGACAGAUCAACCAGCAGGCGCAAAUACAAUCGGCUCUGAUGCAACCGAGGAUGCAACAGACGGAUCCGCCGCAGUCCUGGAUGAGGCAGGGCCAGGAAGUGGACGGCAUGGCAUACAGGAGUGAGGUCGAGGCUCAGGACAAGCAGCCUCAUUACCAGUCACAACACUACCAAGAGAUGAACGCGAAUCCGUAUGGGAACCAGUUCCAGGGUGGUCCAAUGGUCGAAGCGCAGGGAACGCGGGAUCCUCAGGAAAUGGCGCUGAACCAGAGGUCGCCGCAGGAGAUGCCGGGGAACGGGGCCUUUGGACAGCGUUGA